GCUUUAAGGACUGGGCUUUUCUGUAGUGGAGUCAAGUCUUUGUAAUAAUUAUGGCUAGAAGAAAUGAGCUGAUAGAGGUAACUCACUUUUCCUUUCCGCAGCUUCCUCGGGAUGACUGCCUUUUGUCUGAUGAAACUUUUACGUCCAGCCACCAGAAACGAGAACAGAUUCACAAGAAGCCUCUGUGGCACCAUCUUAGCAGAGACUACACAAAGGAGAAUCUUUUCUGGACCCUCCGUGGUGGUGCCUGAUUCUACAAAGCCAACGGUGUUUGGACCUACAAAACCAUUUUGUACAGCUGUAAAAUCUGACACAGACCCAAAAAGGAAGGCAGCAUUUGGAAGCGUUGGGAGGAGAAUUCCAUAUCGGAUUUUGCAUGUAAUCAACGAGAAUGGAGAGAGCUUGGGAAACAUGCACCGAGCAGAGGCACUCAAACUUAUGGAUCAGCAUAACCUGAAGCUGGUUCUGCUUCGUGAGAACGCGGAGCCCCCUGUGUACAGACUGAUGACUGGGAAGCAGAUUCAUGAAGAGCAGCUUAGACGAGCAGAGAAGAAAAAAGCAAGUCCUAAAACAGGGCAGGUUCAGAAGGAGUUAUCCUUUUCUUCAACUAUUGCCAGGAAUGACCUAGAGACCAAGACUAAGCAGAUAGGACAGUGGAUUGAGAAGAAAUACCAUGUUAAAGUCACCAUCCGACAAGCAAAAGACAGCACUGCAGACAUGUUCAUAGUUUUUGAUCAGAUUUUGAAGAAUCUGUCCGAGAAAGCCACUUACCUUUCCAAGCCAAAGGCUGUUAGAGAGGGAGUGAGUACCUGUAUUUUGAGGCAUAUGUCUGAAAAGGAGUUGCAAGCACUCCACAAACUGGAAAAACAGAAGAUGGAAAAUUCUGUCCCUGUAGCAAACAGAGAUGAGAAUGAAGCUCCAAAAUCAAGUGAGUUGAAUCAGUAACUUUAAUGAGUAGGUGUGAACAGUAUUAAUUUCUUAAUAAAAAAA